AUCAAGAUGUUACAGGUACCGCUGCCCCUGGAUCGAGACGGGAUCCUUUUCCGGCUCCGUUUUACCACACUAGCCGUUGGGACUGUGUUUUGCCCGCUCUUUGGUUUCCUUUUCUGUGUGAUCUGGUCUCUGCUGUUCCAUUUCCAGGAGACGACAGCGACCCAUUGCGGGGUCCCUAACUACCUCCCCUCCAUCAGCGCCGCUAUCGGAGGCGAGGCCCCCCAGCGUUACUGCUCGCCCCCUCGCUACCUGCGCUUGUGCCACUUCAACCUGCUGCUCAACCUGCUCGAAAACUUCGCCCUCCUUAUUCUGACGUACGUGUCUUCAUCUGAAAACUAUGCAAUCCACAAAAAUGCCUUCGUCGUCUUUAUCACGUCGGCUCUGGGCCACAUGCUCCUGACAUGCAUCCUCUGGAGAAUGACUAAGAAACACACAGUAAGUCCCGAGGUACAGAAACUUUCCUUUCUUUUCUCCAUGCAGUGCUGG